AUGGCUCCCAGCAUACAGCCCCCGAGCAUCUUUGACGAUUCCUCCCGUGGUCCUACCAAGCCAUCCGUCCUGCGAGCAAUCUGGUCAUCCAAGACCCACAAACGGACUUCAUCUGCAGAUGAUGUCCUCGCCCCUAGAGUCGUUGAUAAAGGCCAGCCUAGUGGCAGCCCAUAUGCGCCCCCAGUCGAUGGACCUUACAACCCUGCGGAACAGCCACUGGCAGAAAUAGCCCUCAACCGGGAUACAGCAGACGUUAGUUCAACCCAGAGAUCACCUGGAAAGCAAGGGAAACACACUCUACACAAGAAAACAAAAAGCGCCGUCUCACUGAAAUCUCUCAAGAGCUAUAUGGAACGCAAGGACAAGUCGGAUGAGACGCCAGAUGACGAAGCAGCGAAUCUGAAGCCGAAGAAAGCAAAGUCGGCCAACAGUCUCACGGCUAUCUUGAAACGAUCCCAACGCGGAAGGAAAGGAGAAAACUCGAAGAGCACUCGGGACAAAGAGAACCGCAGCCCAUCGGACCCUGUCGAUAGCAUGCCCUCUCCAAUGUGGAACCACUACCCAACGCCGCCGUACUACAACCAACCUGAGGUUACCAGUUCCCAGCACAAGCGUAGGACUCUACAGGAGGAGGUUUCUCUCUACACCCCUAGGGAGUAUGGACCCACUCUUCAGCGAAACUUCUAUGAUUACGAUGGACCCUCUCUCAGAGCCCGCGGGGAUCCAAAGCCACGUCCAAAAUCGGACUACCUCGCGGGAAAUCGCAAGGUGAAAGAACUGAUGGAUCCUAUAGAUGGCAUGACGGCGAACCAGCUGGCUUCGGGUAACCAGCCAGAACCUGCCUCGCCCAAGAAACACGGAAGGCCCAGGGCACUCUCACGCCCGGAAUACCAUCCCCCAGCGGAAUCCAGGCCCGAAGCAAGCCCGAAACGACUCUCUCGCGUCCAAGCGGCAAUAUCAGCAUUUAAUGCAAAAGAGCAGGAGGCUGAACUGCAGAAACGCUUGACCGGCAAGGAGCUUGAGAGCGAGUUCGAAAAGCUACUGGAUGCUAGGAAUAUUCCUCAUAACAUGCGAGACAAGAUGAGGUCUCUGGAUACCAACAUAAAAGCAGACUUCAUUAUGAAGGAUCGAGCCGAAAAUACUGCGCCGCACAGCACUGGUGCUAGUGGUACCGAUAGUACCGGUCGUCGGGGGCGCAAGAAGGAGCCAAAGGAGGACCGCCAUGGCCAAGACAGCAAAGGAUCUCGCUCGCGAUCCCGCAGUCGCGGCUUCUCAUUCUCCAAAGGCAGCUCUUCGCCUAAGAAGCAGCGCCCCGACAGCGGGAGUUUCUAUAGGCGUCCCAAAUCCGCCGACUAUUCACAGCCCACAGGAUUCUCCAGGCUCGGAACCCCGUCAGCUUCCACUACCUCACUCUCUGCCACAGCUUGUGAUACUGCAGCUGACCCGUCGGACUUUGUGCAUUAUCUGAGAGAAAUCCAGAAGCCAGAAAUGGUCGAGGUUGGGAAAAUGCACAAGCUUCGCAUCCUCCUCCGGAAUGAAACUGUCAGCUGGGUUGACACGUUCAUUGCGGACGGUGGUAUGGAUGAGGUGGUGCAACUGCUUUACAGGAUUAUGAAGGUUGAAUGGAGGGAAGAGCAUGAAGAUACCCUGCUUCACGAAACCUUGUUAUGCUUGAAAGCUCUUUGUACAACAUCCAUCGCUCUGCAGCAUCUCACCAACAUCGAGGGCGAGCUUUUCCCCGCAUUGCUGCGAAUGUUAUUUGACGAAGAGAAGAAGGGCCCAAGCGAGUACACAACCCGUGGGAUUAUCAUCAAUCUCCUGUUUACUCAGCUCUCUGCUGUAUCAUCCGACGAGAUGGCUGCCAGCCGGGCUUCACGCAUCUUAUCCUACCUGCGCGACCCGUCUCCCCCGGAGGACAGUCAGCCUCUGAGUUUUAUCGCAAACAUAUAUCAGUCACGCCCCUACCGAGUCUGGUGCAAGGAGGUUACCAAUGUGACCAAGGAAGUUUUCUGGAUCUUCCUGCAUCAUCUCAACGUGAUCCCGAUCUUGAAAGACGAUAAACCGGGUGUGAGCUACCGAGAACGUCAUUUCCCUGCCCCUAGGCCUCCAGUUCCCGCCGCUCCAUAUGUUGGUGGCGUGGAAUGGGAUGCGACCAACUACUUGGCUGCGCACCUGGACCUCAUGAAUGGCCUGGUGGCGUCGUUGCCAACGAGCGAAGAACGUAACCAGCUUCGAGAAGAAUUUCGAGCCUCGGGAUUCGAGAAGGUCAUGGGCGGUAGUUUGCGAACAUGCAAGGAGAAGUUUUAUUCCUCCGUGCACGAUUGCCUAAAGACAUGGGUUGCUGCAGCUGUAGCUGACGGAUGGCCAUACACAUCGGUCCGCGAAGGUCCUCCGCGGCCGGAGCCUGGGUCGCCGAGCAAAACCGCGAUCAAAGCAGCAGCUGGAAGCCCCAGAAAGGGUGUCUUGGACGAACAGCCUCCCAAGCUGGAACUUGCGCUGGAUGUCCCUGCUGGUCGUGGCGGGGCCCAAGGCAACAGUGGCCUUGGGAAUUGGCUCUAG